AUGCGCGCCUCCAAAAGGCCCAAAGACGACGAUAUCCCCGACAGUGACUCUGAAUUCAGCGGAGAGCCACGGACCGACGGUAGCAAUGCGCGCGUGUUUUCGAGCAUCGUCGAAGCUGGAGGCUACAUACCCCACCACAAAGAGCCACCGAGGUAUAUUCGCAUCAAGGCGCACAACAAGAGGAACCGGGAAUUCAACCGCAUGUUUCUGGCCCAAGAACUGGUCGGCACACACCCGAAGGCGACACAAGAUGGCGUGGAGGAAAAGGGUCCUAUUGUGACCGUGAGCGUUGCUGGCGCGGGAGGUCGAAGGAGGCAGCGGACCGGCGGAGCCAUCUGGGCGACCGAGUUCUCUAAGGAUGGGAGAUAUUUUGCUGCCGCUGGCAAGGACGCGGUUGUCAGGGUAUGGGCCGUGAUUGUCACCCAAGAGGAUCGCAGAACCGAGGAAGAGGAGGAAGCGGCGAGCGGCGCGGUUGGCGAGAGGCUGUCCGCCCCGGUGUUCAAGGAGCGACCUGUUCGUGAGUUCGCGGGGCAUACAGGCGAGGUUCUAGAUCUGAGCUGGAGCAAAAACAACUUUCUCUUGUCCACCAGCAUGGAUAAGACGGUCCGGCUAUGGCACGUCAGCCGCAAAGAGUGUCUUUGUACCUUCAAGCAUAAGGACUUGGUCACCAAGGUUGCGUUCCAUCCUACCGACGACCGUUUUUUCUUGGCUGGUAGCCUGGAUACUAUGCUGAGGCUAUGGAGCAUACCCGACAAGUCGGUUGCUUACACCGUACAAUUACCAGAUCUAAUCACGGCUGUGGCUUUUUCACCAGACGGCAAGACGGCGAUUGCGGGCGUGCUGAAUGGGCUGUGCAUGCUCUACGAGACGGAGGGCUUGAAGUAUAGUAGUCAGAUCCACGCAAAGUCGUCCCGGGGCAAGAACUCGAGAGGGUCUAAGAUCACUGGCAUACAGACGAUGAUCUUUGCACCGGGUUCAAAUGCCUCCGGUGGCACUGAGACUGGUGAAGUUCGGGUACUCAUAUCUACAAAUGACUCCCGCAUACGCGUGUACAGCAUGAAAGACGGCAGUCUUGAGGUCAAGUUCAAAGGCCAUGAGAAUACCUCCACACAGAUCAGUGCAAGUUUCAGCGAUGAUGGAACGUACGUCAUCAGCGGCAGUGAGGACCGGAAAACCUUCAUCUGGAAUAUGAGCCCUGCAGAUGCCGAAAACAAAGACAAGCAGGCAUACGAAAGUUUUAACGCGCAUGGGGAGAUCGUCACGACGGCUGUCUUCGCCCCAACGAAGACCAGGAUGCUCCUGUCCGGCUCUGGGGACCCAAUCUACGACCUCUGCAACCCGCCGCCAGUCACUCUCCUGCCCACCGACGAGAGUACGGCAGUCGCAUCCCAGACAGGCCUGUCGGAGCUGAGCCAGAACCAUGAGCCGCUCCCAACCCCGACACUCAGCAUCAAGAAACCAGAAGAGUCCCCUGGUUAUAUUGCGCGGUCAACGCAUUAUGACGGCAACAUCAUCGUCACAACCGAUGAGCAUGGGAUCAUUAAAAUCUUCAGGCAGGACUGUGCCUUCGCCAAGAGAAGACACGAGAACUGGGAGACUGGGAGUGCCUUCUCCAAGAAGCUCGGUGCGCAUGGGACCGGGCUCGUGGGACGGAGCGCAAGCAUUUUGACCCGGACCAGCGCAAGCAGCGCGGCGCACUCGAGACGCGGAAGUUUGAGCCAGCCGCUACCUCCCGGUGUGCUGACUGGAGGCAACAGUGCCCACGGGAGCCCCCAGGUGAGCUCAGACAUGAUACUAUCAUGGCGGCAGAACAUCGAGGGCGGCAGACCGUCGUCGCUGGUUGGUAGCAUCGGAACACCAACCAGGAGUGAGCGGAGCAUUUCUCCAAGCAAAAACAUGCGCACCCCCGCAAGCGGGAGCAAGGGCAAUCUGGCUGCUGAUGCGCGAAAGCAGCAAUAUGCAACCGUCUCACCAAAUCACGCUCGGAGCCACAAUUAUAACAGUAAUAAUCCCUCCGAGAGCAUGCCGGCAAGUCCAAUUAGCAGUGUGGCCAGUCCGGGAUUACCACAUAGGACUGAUAGCCUCUCGGUAAGACUCAAUCAAAACCAAGACGAAUCAAGACCGUCGAAGGAAGGCGACCCGCGAGAAGAAGAGGGCGGACCGGCAUCUCCGCCAAUACCGAGCUUUGUGUUCCGCCCCGCCGACGAGGAUGAUGAGCUGCGGUUGGAUGCUGCCGGGGCAAGUUACAGCUUCUGGAAUCUGAACAGGUGGAGAGGCAUCGCUGGGCUCAAGAGUGCCAUCGGUGGCGGCACAACAAACUCUACAGGGAGCAGCUCCCAUGGCCACCACACAAGGACUGCCAGCGAAGCCACGCCGUCGUCGGGGCUCGAGAAGGAUCGAGACAAAGACAAGGACAAGGACAGGGCGACAAGACGUAAGAGCGUAGGUCCGACGAUCAAGUCACCUCUGGCCAACUCGACAUCUAUCCAAUUAAGCCCCACUGUUUCUCACGAUGACGGGCCUAAAGGCCUUCGAAGGCAAAGCAUGCCGCCGGGGACUGCAGUUCAGCGUGAUUUGAGCGCCGAGGGGAACCGUCGACCGUCUCCGCUCUCUGCCGGCUCUUUGAGCGAAGAGAAUGCUCGCCUAACCCCGGGCGAAAGAGACCGCUCCCCAUACCUCAGGGCUGACUCAGUCGUGAGCAAACUGAGCUCAGAGCUGACGAGCGAGGACGACCGGACCGAUGCCGAAGAGGGCGAGGAGAUGAGGUGCUCCAAGUGCGGAAGUAAGAACUUCAAGGCGCGGCGAGUCGCUGGCCGGCAGCGAUUGGCUUGCGGGCGGUGUGGCAACCUGGUCGAAGCAUGA